AUGGGUCUUUGGUUUAGCAAAAAGUCGGUACGAGAGGCCAUAAUAGAGCUGGAAGAGCAAAUAAAAGAAAAAGAGAAAGAAAUAAAACAUCUUAAAAAAAAUAAAGAAACAGCAGGCGAUUUGUUCUUCAAAGUCAUUGCUGCUGUUUCCAUUGGAGCGCUCUCUUUUCUGUGGGUCUGCAAAGAAAGCAUCUCCUAUCUGCAUCUGCUAAAAAUACUGUUUCUAUUUGUCCUAAUAGGGAUGGCCAGCACUUUUUUAUACUAUGCAAACAGGAGAAUAUGCGACUACCGGCUCAACAAAAAGAUAGUGAAGCUCGAAACACUCAGAGAGCGGCAGAGAAAGAACAUUGAAAGCCUGAAGAAAGAGACAAAGUACGAUGAAACGCACGGAAUAAUCAAAAGAUACACAAAGAACAACAGCCCCGAGGAGACGGUAAAGGAAGAGGCAGUUGAGAACAUGGUGGAUAAGAUAGUCAGGCUGAUAUAG